GGGUCGAAGUCAAACAUUCCAAUCUCGUUGUCCUGGCCAUCGUCUUUGAGGAGGGUUCGACAGGGUUUCUUGGCAAUUUGGCCCUCCGUUCCUCUUUCUCUUAACAUCGCUCCGAUGACCCUGUUACUCCAAACUAUCCUCGACGCCUAACCGCCAAACGGUCACGUUCGAUGCCCGUUUAGGCCGUACAGGUAAACAAUUACGAGGAGUCUGUCCUUCAUCGGUGUUCACGAUGGGUAUUAAAGGGCUUCAUGGCCUUCUCAAGUCUAUUCAGAAGCCAUGUCACCUGAAGAAGUUCAGUGGGCAAACCCUUGGGGUUGAUGCGUAUGGAUGGCUCCAUCGAGGCACCAUUGCUUGUGCUGUCGAUUUAGUUCUCGACAGGCCAACGACGAAGUGUGUUCUGAUCAGUGGAAGCGGCGGGCAUAAAUGCUAACUUCAAGCCAGACACAUCGACUUCGUCCUUAACCGAGUUCGAAUGCUCCUUCACUUUGGCGUCACGCCCUACCUGGUCUUCGAUGGAGACGAUCUACCCAGCAAAUCCGGAACCGAGACCGACCGCCAUAAAAAACGCCAGGACAGCAAAGCCCUGGGGCUAGAGCUGCAGCGGAAAGGCAGAACGGCUGAAGCGUACCAGGAAUUGCAGAAAGCUGUUGAUGUAACUCCUCUGAUGGCCCGUCAAUUGAUCGAGGAAUUGAAGAAGAUGAAGGUUCAAUACGUGGUGGCACCAUACGAGGCAGACGCACAACUGGUUUAUCUGGAAAGGCAGGGCAUUAUUAAUGGCAUUAUAUCCGAAGACUCCGACUUGCUCGUGUUCGGCGCGAAGAGGCUGUUGUCAAAGCUCGAUCAAUAUGGUGAUUGCAUUGAGAUCAACCGAGCGGACUUCACAGCCUGUCGUGAAGUGAGCCUCAUCGGGUGGACAGACGCUGAUUUCCGGCACAUGUGCAUUCUGAGUGGCUGCGAUUACUUGCCUAAUAUUGCACGGAUGGGUCUCAAGACGGCAUAUCGGAGCAUUCGAAAAUACAAGAGUGUUGAGAGGGCGUUGCGCAUGUUUCAAUUUGAGGGCCAAUACCAAGUUCCCGCGGACUAUCUUCAGAACUUCAAGCAGGCCGAGCUUACGUUCCUUUACCAGAGGGUGUUUUGUCCGAAAGCCAGAAAGCUGGUGACACUGACUCCGCUAGGAGACGAUGUCAAACUAGAGGAGCUUACGUUUAUUGGGGACGAUGUGGAACCGGCCACGGCUGUGGGAGUUGCUCAUGGUGACUUGGACCCGACCACCAAGAAACCGCUCGUGGUAAAGCCCCUGGCAGUGAGACAACUCGCCAACGGCUUGAGUCGCCGACAAACGCUCGGCUCGUCAGCAGAGCUGAAGCCGAAGAAAUCAAUCAAUUCAUUCUUCACCCCUAAGCGGGUUCCUUUGGCUGAGCUGGACCCGAACAGUCUCACGCCGUCUCCGAGCCAGCAAAGAUUGCUAGAGCGUCAUGCAAACAACUCCUGGGCCAGCAACCCUGUGACUCCAAGGUCAGACAACGUGAGGUCGGCGUCAUCUCUAAUGCGGCAGUCCUCUAGUCCCUUGGUGAGGAGCGUUGAGCGCAACUCUUUCUUAGCCCAUGCCUCGCGAGCGUCGAAUUUGCAGCCCGUCAAAAGACAACGGCUGUGUUCUGAGGCGGACGAGGCCUCUUUAUCCAAUCUUCCUGAUUGUCGCAGCCGGUUCUUCGCUUCUGGGCAACAGGAGACUAGUCCAAGUGGCUUUAAGGCGUCUCGAAGCAAAAAGGCCCGCAAGUCUAAUCUGGACGUCUUUUCUGAUGACAUCGCAGAAGACAUCAUGACGCAGCUACCUGAUCCAGCACGGGCUCCCAAUGAACCAAAAGAGGAUGUCAAAGACGCUGGCCAUCCGAUCAAGGAUGUCAGGGAAGAGUUCAAAUCUGUACCAGGCCCUGGAGAUUCUCCUGAAGGCACAGAAACUACUAUCAAGAAGGAUGGUAAUGUCAGGCAUAAAGCGACCAGCUCAACUACAGUGCAUUCCCCCGACAAGUCUGUGAGUGUGGAAUUGAAUGCGGAAAUGUUUCACCAAGUUCUGGACUAUCACGUUACAAGACAGAAUUCCUCUUUACUCUCCAGGUAUCAUUUUCAACCUAAUGCCGGUGCCAAGACAACUACCAGCAACGGGAGCAGCCCCCAGGAUACGAGAAGACCUGUUCCAGGAAGAACAGCGUCAGUGAGAAAUGGAAAUGGUGGAACCUCACCCAGACGCCAGCGCCUGACGCCAUUACAACGUCUGGGUCAGACCGCCCUCGCUCGAUCUCAGUCCAUGAAUACCAUCUCUCCUUCGGUUACGAGACCAACUCCUCGCACCCUCGGAAGAACUACCAGUGCUUUGGAAAGUGACGUGGCAUCCCAACACCCUAUCUUCAGUCCACAAGGCAGUGAGGAUAUGCUGGUCCCGGAUAGCGAAGACGAAGCCGAUGGAUCCGACGUCGGCGAUCGGCCAAAACCUGCUCCCUUGAACCUACAGCAGUUCUCCUUCUCAGCUGGAUAAUAUUAUAGCGGUUCUGGCUUAUUGUAUAGAUGCAAGAGCAUCACACAUUGGUGCAGCUGUAUCAUUUCAUUUUUGUGUUACGUCAUUGGGCGACUCGCAAACCAUUUAGCAUAGGCAUCAUGGUGUUUUUGAGGCAUAUUUAUUGGCACAUGGCGAUUUGUAUACCCUAGAGAAGAUUAGGAGAGAUUGGGCGAACACAUUGGAGGCACUUCUUCGUGCCUUGAUAGAUACCUAAUGAUAUUAUCCCGUCUGGCAAG